CAUGUUUAUCAUAGACGGCGCUCGGACUCUAAUCCAUAUCCCGUCGUGCUACGCGCCGUGCACGAUCUCUUUCCGGUCCACUCGCCAUCAUGGGUAUCUCCCGUGACCAUUGGCACAAGCGUAGGAAGACUGGCGGUAAGCGCAAGCCUCUUCGUAAGAAGAGGAAGUUCGAGCUUGGUCGGCCCGCGGCAAACACAAAGCUUGGCCCCAAGCGCAUUCACACAGUCCGGACCCGAGGUGGGAACAAGAAAUACCGCGCCCUCCGCCUCGACUGUGGCAACUUCUCCUGGGCCUCCGAGCACUGCACGCGCAAGACUCGUAUCAUCGAUGUGGUCUACAAUGCGAGCAACAACGAGCUGGUUCGGACCAAGACUCUGGUGAAGAACGCCAUUGUGAUGAUUGACGCCACACCAUUCCGUCAGUGGUACGAGGCCCACUAUGCGCUUCCCUUGGGGCGCAAGAAGGGCGCUAAGCUGGCUGACAUUGAAGGUGGUGCCUUGGUCAAGAAGAGGAGCAAAAAGCUCGAGAAGAAGAUCAAGGAGCGCCAGAAGCUGGCCAAGGUUGAUCCCCUGCUCGAAGAGCAGUUCAUGACUGGUCGGGUCAAAGCUUGCAUCUCGUCUCGACCCGGGCAGUGCGGCCGCUGCGAUGGUUACAUCCUGGAGGGCAAGGAACUUGAGUUCUACACCAAGAAGAUCAAGUCUAAGAAGGGCAAAUGAAGGGUUGCCCAUGUUAAUAAAAGGCGAUGUGACA